AUGGCGAAAUACGACGACGAGAAGGCACCCCUCACUGUAACCUCAAAGGCUGUCAGCGAGGACUCAAAGUCUGUCAGCUCAGCAUCCACCCGCAAGGGAUACUCCUCCAUCCAAGGUCUCGACGACGAGUUCUCUGGUCUUCCUGAAAAAGAUGCCGAAGUCUUGAGACAGCAGAUCUCUGUUCCUGAGGUCUCGGCUUCCUUCUUUAGACUGUUCCGCUAUGCAAACAGAAGAGACUUGAUCAUCCUCUUUGGCGGUGUCGCUGCUUCUAUCCUCGAGGGACUCAUGCGUCCCCUCAUGUCCUAUGUCUUUGGCUUUGCUACCGAACAGUUCACAAAUCUCCCCACCGGUAUGACAAAUAUGUGGGGCAACAGCACCUAUGACCGCUACUCGCUCGCUCUUUUCCUCAUCGCGACCGCCGUCUCUCUCUUGACCUACAUCAAAUCCUUCAUCUUCAUCGACCGCGCUGAAGUCCUUGCCUCCCGUGUUCGCGAGGAAUAUCUCGCUGCUACCUUGCGCCAGAACAUUGGCUACUUCGACAAGCUUGGCGCUGGAGAAAUCACCACCCGUAUCGCUUCCGACACUGUCCUUGUGCAGGACGCAAUGUCAGAGAAGGUUGCCUACGUGAUCUCUCACACUACGACCUUCAUUAGCUCCAUCAUCCUGUCUUUCACUCAGUCCGCCGAGCUUACCGCUAUUAUCCUUGGAAACGUAGUUGCCAUUAUUGUUGUCAGUCUCAUCGGCUCCAAGGUCGUCACCAAGUUCGCCGAGCGCUCGCAGUCUGGAUAUGGUGGUGGUGCCACCCUAGCUGAGGAGGCUAUCUCCAGCGUGCGCAACGUUAAGGCGUUUGGUAUUCAGGACUGCAUGGUCCAGGCUUUCGAUAAGUUCCUGCAGGUUUCUGAGGCCUGGGAUCUCAGAGCUGGUUAUGCUAGUGGAAUCCAGUCUGGUCUUGUCCACAUGUUUGCCUUUGGUAUCGAUGCGCUCACUUACUGGCAGGGAACCCGUCUCCUGACUGAGGACAAGGUCUCCGUUGGCAUCAUGAUGACUUGCGUUAUGGCUUUGUUCCAAGGUGCUUUUGCGUUCACGAUCAUCUCGCCUUACCUCGCAAACAUCUCCGCGGGUCUCGCUGCUUCCACCAAGAUCUUUGCUACCAUCGACCGCAAGUCCGCCAUCGACUCCUCAGUCGAGACUGGCGAGAAGCUGGCCACUAUCAACGGAGACAUCGAGCUCAACGACGUUCGCUUCAUCUACCCCUCGCGCCCUAACGUCACUGUUCUUCGUAACUUCUCGCUGAAGAUUCCUGCCGGAAAGACUGUUGCUCUGGUUGGUUCUUCCGGAUCUGGAAAGAGUACCAUCAUCGGUCUUAUCGAACGCUUCUAUAAUCCGCUCGAGGGUCUCAUCACUCUGGACGGCCAUGAUAUCACGGAGCUCAACAUCCGCUGGCUGCGUCAGAACAUCGCCCUUGUGUCUCAGGAACCCAAUCUUUUCGCUGUCUCGAUCUUUGAGAACAUCUCCUACGGUCUCAUCGGAACCAAGUACGAGCACGCCUCGCGUGAGGAGAAGAUGGAUCUGAUCAUCGACGCCUGCAAGCAGGCUAAUGCCUGGGACUUCAUCUGCGAUCUGCCUGAUGGCUUGGACACCGAGGUCGGAGAGCGUGGAUUCCUUAUGAGCGGUGGUCAGAAACAGCGUAUUGCGAUUGCUCGUGCUAUUGUCUCGAACCCCAAGAUUUUGUUGCUUGACGAGGCUACCUCUGCUCUUGACACCAAGAGUGAAGGAGUUGUCCAGGAGGCUCUCGACCGCGCGUCGAAGAACCGUACUACUAUUGUCAUUGCACACAGAUUGUCGACGAUCAAGGAUGCUGAUCUCAUUGUGGUUAUGCGUACUGGCGUUAUUCUCGAGCAAGGCACUCACAACGAGCUUAUCGAAAAGAAGGGUGAAUACUUUGGUCUCGUUGAGGCCCAGAGCAUUGCUGGUGUCGCCGAGUCGUUUGUGGCUACUCCUGACGCCGACGAUGGCGAGGCACAGCUUGAUGAGAAGGCCGGCAUUGAGAUGUCGUCGCUUGCUAAGGUUAACACUACUGCUACCGAGGGUAUCUUUGAUUCCGCCACCGGCGAGACCGAGGAGCUUGCUUCUGCUUUCACAAUCAUGAAGAUGCUCUUCAGGAUCGGCAGAAAGGAUCUUGCUGCCAUGCUUUUGGGAUUGUACUCGGGCGCCUUGACUGGUAUUGCUUAUAUCGGAUUGUCGGUUCUCUAUGCUUUUGCUCUUACCUACCUGCAGGAGUACGGAACCCCGUACUACUACGACAUGCUCCGACGCGCAGUCUACCCCCUUGCCGCGUUCAUCUUCAUGCACGGUGCCGUUUUGUUCUUCUCCAACUCCGUCGCUGGUAUCACUUUCGGUUACGCCUCUAGCCGACUCGUCCGCCGUCUGCGCGGCAUGUCGUUCCGCCAGCUCUUGCGCCAAGACGUCUCGUUCUUUGACAUGAGCGAGCACUCGGUCGGUGUCCUCACUUCGUCGCUCGCAAGCGAUGCGCAGAGUAUCGAUGCCCUUGGAGGAGAGACCACAAACAAGAUGGUUGAGUCGAUGGUUGUCAUGAUUGGAGGUCUUAUCUUCUCGCUCUUUGUCGGAUACAAGCUCGGUCUUGUCAUGUUUGCUACCGUUCCUCUUAUUCUCGUUAUUGGAUACUUCCGCUUCCGAUUCCUUGCAAACUACAUGGAACAGACAAAGGAGGAGAACACCUCUUCGUCCGACUACGCCUGCGAGGCCACCUCCGCCAUCCGUACUGUCCUCUCGCUCACGCGCGAGGAAGAGAUCAUGGAGCGCUACCGCGCCAGUCUUGCGCGCACGGUCAAGAGCAACCGUGGCGCAAGCAACAAGUCUGCUAUCUUCGACGGCUUCUCGCGCGGAAUGCAGUACUACAUCAUGGCUCUUGGAUUCUACUACGGCGGUCAGCUCGUUGCGUCGGGAGAGUACUCGCUGUACCAGUUUUUCCUCAUCUUUUUGACUGUUGUGUUUGGAUCCGAGAGUAUCACCACCGUUUUCACGUUCGCUCCCGAGAUGGGUAAGGCGCUCCGUGCUGGACGCAACAUCAAGGCGCUGCUCGAGGCCGAGCCUACCAUUGAUUCCGAGAGCACCGAAGGAACCAAGAUCGACUCGGAGAAGGUUAACGGUGAGAUCGAGUUCCAUGAUGUGCACUUCAGAUAUCCUACCCGCAUGAAUGUGCCUGUUCUUCGCGGCCUGAACUUGAAGGUCAAGAAGGGUCAGUUCAUCGCUCUUGUUGGAUCGUCUGGAUGCGGAAAGAGUACGACUAUCGGUCUCAUCGAGUCGUUCUAUCGCCCACAGCGAGGAAUGGUUACGCUCGAUGGCGUCGACAUCUCGACUCUCAACGUGGCCUCCUACAGAUCGCAGAUCGCUCUUGUCCAGCAGGAGCCUGUCCUCUACGCUGGCAGCAUCCGGUAUAACGUCGCGCUCGGCUCUCCCACCCCCGUGACGGACGAGCAGAUCGAACAGGCCUGCCGCUCGGCAAACAUUCACGACCUCAUCAUGUCUUUGCCCGACGGAUACGACACCCUCUGCGGUUCCAAGGGAGCCCUCCUCUCCGGUGGCCAGAAGCAGCGUAUUGCCAUUGCACGCGCUCUGAUUCGCGAGCCCAAGGUCCUUCUUCUUGACGAAGCCACCUCGGCGCUCGAUAGUGAGUCCGAGAAGGUCGUGCAGGCCGCCCUCGACGUUGCCGCCAAGGGCCGCACCACGAUCGCGGUUGCGCACCGCCUCAGCACGAUCCAGAACGCGGAUAUCAUCUACGUGUUUGAGAACGGCCGGAUUCUUGAGAGUGGAAGCCACCAGCAGCUGCUGGCGAACAAGGGCAAGUACUUUGACCUUGUGCAGCUGCAGGCUUUGGAGAAGAACUAGAUUAUAGAGUUUGGAGGUGUGGUUUUCAAAAGAUGAGCAGGAUGCGUUUUGACGUACGUUCAGUCUUUCUUUUUUAUCAUUUUGUUUUGCACUAUUGGUAUACAGGGGUCCAUUUGUUUUUGGUUUUUUUAUCACUAUCGAUGCCAUUCAUUUUGUUAUUUUUUCCUAUCGGUAUACAGUAAAAAUGAAGCUUUCUUCAAGGGGAUUAUAGUGCGCUUAAAUCAGUAGAA